AUGUUCUCCAUUAAUCCAUUCUUACAAGGUUCUUCACCUAAUCAAGUUACUCCAAAUGACUUAAAUUCAUUCUUUAAUUUCCUUCAAGAAGCUCAAAGACAAGAACAAGAAAAACAACAACAAUUAAGAGCUCAACAAGCCAAACCAAGAGUUGUCAAGAAGAUAGAAAAUGAAGACGGUUAUCAAAUCCAAAUCUUUAAACCUUAUGGUAAUUUCAAUAAUUACGAAGUUAAAGUUGUCAAAAUCCCAAGUUAUAAUCAAUCUAUCAUUAAUGUUAUCUUACAACUGAAACAAGAUCAAUUCAAAAAAGUUUUCCAAUUCAAAUUAGAUGAUAUUUUAUACGAUCAAAUUAAUUGGGAAUUAUAUAAAUCGGAAAAUAUCUUAAUUCUUAAUAUCCCAAAGAGAGUUAAAGUUUGUCAUACUGAUAGUUUUGAAAAUUUAUUUAAUGCUUUUGGUUUCCCAAUUGCUCAACUCCAACAACAACAACAACAACAACAAGCUGGUCCAGAAGUUGACUAUGAUCAACUACGUAGGAGCCAAUUUGAAUCCAGAGCAAGACAAGAAGCUGAGUUAAAAGCUAGACAUGAAGCUGAAUUAAAGGCUAGACGUGAAGCUGAAUUGAAACUUAGACAAGAAGCUGCUGAUCUUAAAGCUAGACAAGAAGCUGAAUAUAAAGCUAGAAAGGAAGCUUUAGCUAUUGCUGAAAAGUUAAGAAAAGAAGCUGAGCUAAAAGCUAAAAGAGAAAGAGAAGCUCAACUUGCUGCUGCUGAAAAGGCUAGAAAAGAAGCUGAAUUAAAUGCAAAGAAAGAAAGAGAAGCUCAAAUAAAAGCUAAAAAAGAAGCCUUAAUCAAAGCUAAAAAGGAACAAAAAUUAAAGGAACAAAAACAAAAGGAAGCUUAUGAACAAUAUUUACAACAACAACAAGCUUUCUUUAAUCAAUUCUUCGAUAAUAAUUUAUAUCAUGAACAAAGUCCAUUCCAAUUUAUAAGACCAAUUUCAAGACAACAACAAGAAGAACAAUCACAACAAUCAUCAUCAGAAAAGAGACAACCAACAGUUGAAACUCCUCCAUCAUCCGAUGUUGAAAGUGAAAAUUCAACUCCAGAUUCAAGUCCUGUUAUUGCUCCUGUCUCAUUAUCUCCAUCAUCAUCUACUGAAAAGAGAAACGCUAGAAGAUCGCCUGUAUUAGGUGAACUUAAUGAUGAAGAAUAUGUCUUAUUCAAUAAGAAAUUCCAUCAUGAUAUCGAAUAA